AUGGUGGUAACUAAUGGUAUGAUUCUAGGGCAUUCGUCUAAUUGUUCAUCAACAUUAUAUAUCAAGGUUAUAUCUUCCUUCCCUGAUGAUACUCCUGUUCUACUGGUAAAUGGGACACGAAUUGAAUUCAAUGUUAUCGAUACUGUAGAAGAACAUGACAAUUCCACCACGUUGUCAAAUUCUGUCUGUACGACAGUUGCUGAUAAAAAUAUCGAUGACAUUAGUUAUGAAAUGAAAGCAAUGACUCUUUCUAUGGAUCAGAAAACUAUCAACAAAACGUUGAAACCUAAUGGACUCGAAAAGGCUUAUGAUUCACUUAUUGAAAUGGUCAGUUAUCCCUUUAUUUAUCAAGAUUGGAUCGAAACACUCGGCAUUGAAUGUCCCAAAGGCAUCUUACUUUACGGUCCUCCUGGUGUUGGUAAAACGUUUCUGGUCUCUUCUGUGGCAAAGACAUGUGAUGCUCAACUGAUGGUGAUUCAAGGCCCAGAACUUUAUGGUCCAUACGUGGGUGAAAGUGAAGAUAAACUACGGCAGCAAUUCGACCUAGCACAACGAAUGACUUUGGAAAGUAACAAGCCAGUGAUUUUGUUUAUUGAUGAAAUAGAUGCUUUGACUCCUCGUCGUGAACAAGCUCAAUCACAUGAAAAUCGAAUGGUUGCACAACUGUUGACUUUGAUGGAUGGUGUGAAAUCUCGUGGCAAGUUGAUUGUGGUGGGUGCAACUAAUCGUCCUAAUGCUAUCGAUCCAGCUUUGCGUCGUCCAGGAAGAUUUGAUCGUGAAAUCUCGGUGGAUGCUCCUGAUGUUAAUACAAGAUACAAGUUGAUUACUUCUCAAUUACGAACAAUGCCCUUGGAUUCAUCUAUUGAUAUAAAUUAUCUCGCGCAUUGCACAAAUGGGUUUGUCGCUGCUGAUAUCACCUCUCUUUGUCGAGAAGCUGCUUUACAUGCUGUACAAAGGAAGCAGAUAGAAUUCGAUACAUCAAACUCUGUGAACCUGAACGAUUUUAAGGUGGCAUUAUCCAAGGUGGGACCUUCAUUACAAAGAGGAUUUCAAGUAAACGUGGAAGCAACUAGAUGGGAAGAUGUUGGAGGUCUAAAACAAGUCAAAAAGCAACUGAAACAAGCAGUGGAAUGGCCAUUAAUACAUAAGGAUGCUUUUACUAGAUUGGGAUUGAAACCUCCUAGAGGCAUAUUAUUGUAUGGACCACCAGGAUGUAGCAAAACAACAUUGGUCAAGGUGAUUGCUUCAUCAUCAGGAGCUAGUUUUCUUUCGAUCAACGGAGCUCAACUUUAUUCUCCUUAUGUUGGUGAUUCUGAAAAGGUGGUACGAACAACAUUCCAAAGAGCAAGAGCAUCAGCCCCAGCCAUCAUCUUUUUAGACGAAACUGAAGCCAUUGUCGGAAAACGCAAUAUGGGAAAUGGAGGAACUACUAGCGGCGAUAGCGUACAAGAACGUAUCUUAUCCACCUUGUUGAAUGAAAUGGAUGGGGUGGAAUCGGCAGAAUCAGUGCUUGUAGUGGGUGCCACCAAUCGACCUGAUAUGUUGGAUGCAGCUUUAAUGCGACCAGGACGAUUUGAUCGAUUAAUUUAUGUACCACCACCAGAUCCUGACGCCAGAUUGGAAGUAUUACAAAUACAUACUCGAAAUAUACCAUUGGCUGAAGAUGUGGAUUUACAAGUCAUUGCAUUAAUGACGGAAAUGUAUACAGGUGCAGAUUUACAAAAUGUAUGUCGUGAAGCUGCUAUGAUGGCAUUAAGACGAAACCCUGAUACCCAGUAUGUGACCAUGUCCGAUUUUGAAGAAUCUCUGGCUACUAUUCCUCCAUCCAUUACGACAUCCAUGUUAACAUCCUACAAUCAAACAUAG